GAAAUACGUUAUAACAUUGUGUGAAAUAAGAUCGAUUUCAUUACAUCUCGGGAACUUCUUUUGAUUUUGAGUACGCAUACUGUACAAACAUUAUUUAAUUGUUCAUUUUAUGUCGCAGAUUUCCCUUGAUGACGUACAUGCGGUGGGUCGGUUUGUUUGCAUUUCAGAACUGAUUUUAUUUAUCAGAGUUAGUUAAACCGUAGAAAGGGACGCGGUUGAACCUUUCUUAUUGUGACUAAACCCGUUAAACGGUUAAGCUUCUUAUGGUGACUAAAACCGUAGAAAAAGACGUAACUAAACUUCUUAUGGUGGCUAAAACAUUUAAACUGCUUAUAGUGACUGAAACCGACAAACAGUUACACUUCUUAUUCUGACUAAAACCGUAGAAAGGGGACGUUAUUAAACGUCUUGCGGUGACUAAAACCGUAGAAAAGGGAUGUAGUUAAAUGUCUCGUGGUGACUAAAACCAAGAGACAUAGGCGUAAUGUCAACACCAUUAUUAUUUAAGAGAUAAUUAAGUGAUACAAUUUAUCUCGUGGGUUCUCGAUGAAGUUCUAGUCUCGGGUGAACUUGUAUGAUUACAAACAAACGAUACAUAAGCAUCAAUAAUGAAUUGGACAAAUGACACCGUUACUGAUGAAGAACACAGAUCAACUGCUGAACAGAUCAUAGUCAUAAUAAUAAUGAUUUUAAUCUUCUUUAUUUCCAUAGCAGGUAACGCAUGUGUAUGUUACAUAAUAGUUAAAGACCCAAAACUGAAAAAGAUUUCAAUGAUAACCGUGUUCAACCUGGCAGUGACUGAUCUCGGAUUUACUAGUACAAGUAUACCAAUAUCCGUCAUAGUUCUUAUUCAAGAUAAAUGGCCGUGGGACGGUGUCGUCUGUCAUCUUAAUGGGAUCACUAUGCUCGUAUUUGGAAUUGCGUCUCUGAUGAAUCUUGGAGUUAUUGCAGUUUCUAGGUAUAUUGCUGUGUGUCAUUCACAGUUCGCGAAAACAUACCUGACUAAAAAGUUUUAUAUCGGUUCUGUGAUCUUUAUUUGGAUAAUAUCGAUCGCCAUUUCCUUUCCACCAAUAGUUCACUGGGGAAGCAUUGAAUACAGUUAUGCUAAAGCAGCGUGUACCCAUUACUGGCCAUCAAGCAUGUCCUACACCCUGUUUUUGAUUACGUCGGCAGUUUUUGUGCCUUUUAUAGUGAUCGUGACGUUGUAUUCUUUGCUGUUCUCCACCGUUCGGAGCAACACAAAACGUAUUCGUGACAAAUCCUCGAGUAUUACCAUAACUCGAUCGGAUAUAAGAUUAGCCAAAGUUUCCGCUAGUAUUUUCUUUUCCUUUUUGAUAUGCUGGUCGCCAAUCUCAGUAACAAAUUUCCUGGAAUUAGCUGGCUUAAAGGUCAGACAUCAGUGGAAUAUGUUCGCUAUGGUGAUGAUGUAUUCAAACAGUAUCUGUGAUCCUAUAAUUUAUUCACUCAUGUCCAACCAUUUUAAAGCUGGUUUUAUGAAGCUUCUAUGUUGUAAAAAUCAAUCGGCGGAAACAUCAGAUUAAACCAUAAACUCUUCGGUUUAUCUGAGUCAAAUGAGAAGAUUUGGGGUAAAUGGACACAGCUAACCAAAUAUUCCUACGCCAUACGCCAUAAGAAAAAGUACUGCCCCUGUCACCGAAACUCUGAAUGCGAUGCAGGCCCUAAGGACAAAACUGUUUUACAUUUGUUACGAAAAUUGUCAUGAUAUUGUACGGCAAAGUGUGGUAUCAAAAUUCAUAGUUAGGUUUGGUAUUAUGCGUAUUUAUUAUUGCCCUUAGGCUACAAAACCUGAAGACCAACCUUCAAAAUGCAGUAUAUAUUCAUUAUCUGGCAACGCUAAGUUUAUUUAAACAACCCCAUGCAUUCAGUCUCUAUACUAAUUUGUUAAACAUAGAAUUUUGAUCCAAUUGAAAGGGUAGCUUCCCGCGCCCUUGGUCAUGUUUUGGAAGCAGUCUAUAUUGAACAAAAAUUCUACGACAAGAACAACAAGAGAGGUAGCGUUUGGGGACCAGUUGCUAGGGCGGG